GGCUGAUCACGCUUUUGAUGCUGAUCUUCGCUAGGCCGCAGCAUGGCGCAUGUAAAUUUGGCUUAUGAAUUGGAGCUAUGCACCUGUUGACUUUCUAUGCAUAUUAGCUGCUAAAUAUAUUAGCUUAAUACUUUGGCUUCGUAUGUAAGCGGUCUAUUACUUACAUUCUGCUGGCAUGGAAGACAUCCGUUCCUAGCAUCGAGGGUAGCCCUGGUCCGCCAGGCUGCUCUCCGCUUGCCCUGUUGGGAACAUGUAUAGCGACGAUGAGGAGGCGGAAAUAGCUGUUGACAUACGACGCCUAUGGUGUUGCAAGGUGCCGCCCAUCAUCGUCGGCAAGAAGGAUGCACCCAAGCCACCACCGCCCCUGCGCAACCGCGAACCCACCGUGGUCGCAACCCACUACGACCCUGACCGCCGGCGCCUCUACUACGGCAUGGACGACGGCUCCGUCUGCUUCUGGCCGCUCACCGAAUCCGCUCCAAACACCGAAAACAGCCGCUUCGUCGGCGCGCAUAAAGGCCCGGUUUCAUCCAUCUGCACGCCGCGCCGCUGCGACGGCGACCUGGGCAAAGCCGGGCUCAUCGUGACCGGUUCCGUGGACGCGAGCAUCAAGAUCUGGGACUACCAGGGCAAGGUGAUGCUUGACCCCACCGUGUGUGUCCAGACGCUGUACGGCCACAGCGGUACGGUAACCAGCCUGGUCAUCCUGGGGGACUACAUCGUGAGCAGCAGUACGGAUGGCACCAUCAAGAUCUGGCGCCAGGAGGAGGGGCGAGGCAAGCUGGUGUACCCCUGGUUCGAGCUGCAGGCCACCGUGACGGGCAUGGACGGGUGGGUGCGGUGUAUGUCGUACGACAGCAGCGGUGACGUGGGCGACCUGGGCGCCAUCUUCGCGGCGGACGAGUCGGGCGGAAUCACCAAGGUGGUGCCGGAGGGGGUGUGGGACGACAGCAUUCAGAGGCUGUCCAGCCGCAUGGAGUUCAAGGUGGAGAGCCGCGUGGAGAGGCUGCACGACCGAGGCAUCAGCAUCAUCCGCUUCGUGGCAAAGUGGGACCUGGUGCUGACGGUGGCGUACGACCAGUGCAUUCGCGCGUUCGACGUCAAGAGCUCCACUGUACGACACUGCUGGGCCAACGAGCGACGCUGCCAAUUCACAACACUUGAAGUCAACACCGAGUUUGACGAGGUCCUAGCCGGUGACACCAGCGGAACCCUGUCCAUCUUCUCCAUCCGCACCGGCCGCCUCAUGGUCACCAAGCAGUGCGUGCCCCCCGCGCCCGGCACCCGCGCAACAGUGGGCUGCGGCGGUGGCGGCGGAGGCGGUGGAGGCGGCAACUGUUCCUCCCUGUCUGGCAGCACCGGCAGCAGCAGCAGCGGCAGCAGCGGAGGCGGCGGCAUCCAGUCCAUUCGCGCGGUGCUGGGUCGGCAGGUGUAUGCGGUGGUGACGGCGAGGGACCUGGGGCUGUGGCUCAUCGAGCAUGAGCUGGAGUACAACAUCGCGCGGGGAGGCCAUGAGAAGGCGGUGAUUAGCCUGUAUAGCUGCUCCGGAGGCGUGGCCGGCCCCGGCGGCGACCUGGACUACCGCAUCUUCAGCGCCAGCCUGGACAACACGGUACGGCUGUGGGACCCGUACGACAUGGAGUGCCUGCGCGUCAUCGAGGAGGGGUGCUCCGAGAUCAGCGCCAUGACCUUCUACGAGGGGUGGAACCUGCUGGUCACGGGCCACGACAACGGCGACAUUCGGCUGUGGAACCUGGACACCAGCCACUCCGUGACGCUGCGACAGCACUCCAACACCGUCACCUCGCUGGCCCUCGCGCUGGUGCACCGAAACGAGGAGCUGCUCAUAUCCGCCUCGUACGACGGCUGGGUGGUGCUGUGGGACAUCCGCAGCCUGAGGGGCGAGGAACCGCACAUGGUGGCCAAGUUCCAUGCGCACGGGCCCGAGGCG